GUCUGCCAGAAUCAUCUAGAGAAUGAAUAUGGUGCAGAUAUGGCAUCAUCUCUGUCUUCGCCUUUUAUUUCAAACAGGUUGAGUAUAUAGACAAAAAAGGAAAUCAAAGGCUCCUAGGAGCGAGCUCAUGGAUUAAUUGAUCGAUUAGUGUGGAAAAGACAGUUCAAUAAUCAAAGAAAAACAUAUAAAUCUUUUUGGACGCUUCAUUGUGUACGGACUUGCCAAAUUACAGCGUGACUUGAAAAUAUUCUAGAAACUUGUUAUCAGCGCAGCAUUUCUACUUAUAACGCAAAGAUCACUUAAAGCAAGUAUUAGCGCUUUAAUUGUUAGUUGUAAAAUAAUUAGACAUGUCCAGGAUCGAUCUUGUUAGCAAAAAUUUGCGAGCAAAUUUUUUUGAUGUGACUGUAAAACACUUUCCGAACGAUACUGCACUUUCUUGUAAUAUAGCUAAAUUUUAUAUAAGCCCGAGUUUUAUUUAAACCGUGGUUUUAAACAAUUAUUUUAAUGGACCUCGAACUGGUUUCGUAUAAGUGCGAUGCUUUUAAAUAAAUGUUUCCAUAUGCUGUUCAUAAAGAGCAAGUAACAUGGUUUGUUUUUGUAGCACGAUCAAGCUAUUAAUGACAGAAUACAGGCGUUUAUGGUUAAAUUAAACUGCUUUAGAACGCGCUUUUGCUAAACACUAGCUAAACAUUAUUUUCAUCAAACGGACUAAGCUCGAAGCUGUACGUGCUCUGACCCCAAGCUAAGUAAUUUAAACGCAGUCGAAGUAUCCGAUUGCCUUUCUCUACCUGAAUAUUCUAGAAACUUGUUAAUACCAGCGCAACGUUUUACUGUACAAAUUACAUUAAUAGCACUGAAAAAUGGAAUCAUCGACAAACAAAAGCCUGCUGGGGAAAGAUCACCUAAGAAUUCAAGCAAAAAAGCGUAACGCUUGUUGGUUCUAAAACCUGUGCUUCCAGUUAACAGAACAUUAUUUCAUUUCCACAAUAGACCACAAUACAUGCUUCUCAAUGUCGCUUUAACACUUCGAGGACCGUUUUUUUUUUCGCUGCUAUAAAGGCUCUUUGGCGUAUUCGCUUUUCGCUGAACGAAAUCCCAUGGCGAUCGUCAGGCUGCUAUAGCUCUUUCACACUCCUGGCGAUCACAUCUUCUCCUUAUCAAGUUAUAUCGGGAACAAAUGUGCACAAUUCGUCCAAAUGUACAUCAAUGAUGCACGAUCAAUUAUUUCAAUGUCCUUUUAACAAUUCCAAGUCCAUUUCUUGCAGAUGAUAUUGUCAGUGUUCUUUAGAAUAUCGCCAUUAUACAAACCCCAUCUUUAUGAUGUGCCGGGAAAAAAUCUACGCAUAUAUACCAGUACCCUCUCAAAUACGCCAAACAUAUACGUAAAAGGCACUUGGAACAAAAGUAAUACUAAGUAAGGGAGGUAAGAGUUAAGUGUUUAAUCUGGCUUUAAUGAAUAAAUUAAUGAGAAUCGAGUGAGUGAGUGUGUGAUCGAGUGCCAUUCGAGUGCCUCCAAAAGCCCAUGGCAUGACUACGUCAUCCACGAGCUAAAAAGAAAACCAAGAGAGAUGAGACAGCCGCGCCAGUACUUUAUGCAAAACUUAUUUACUCUGAUAAAACAAAGAAAAUUCUUUCCUUAGUUUCAACAAAGGGUAAAAAGAGUGUUAAUCCUUUUAAAUAUCUUAAUCAGUACUGUUAUGUAAAAAUGGCAUUGAUUAUAGAAGGAAUCUUUAUAAUUAAAACAGUUACAUCUCUUCAAGUCAAAGUUCAUGAAGUUUAUAUUAAACCACUCAAACCAAGAGAGCCAUUACUUACAAUCAAAGAAAGCGAUAGUGAUGAUGAAAGUGAUACCGAGAAAGGUGAGCAAAGCGAGGAUGACGAAAGUAAAGACGUAAUUAUCUCUGAUAUAGAAGUGGAUGAAUAA